AUGAGGGCGAAAUGGCGCCUGCUAGUCAUUACGGUUUUGGGCCGAAUGGUGAGUACUAUAACCUUCAAAUCUUCCAUUUUAAUGGUAGGAAGGACACACUGGUACAGAUUACUUUCUAUUCAGCUUUAGCUCCAUACUUUUAUAUGCAAAUUACUAGCGCGGCAUAAAUGAAGUAUGAAAAUAUAUGUACUGUAGUUUGUUGUGUAGAAAGUGUUUACAAUAGAUAGUCGAAUGAAGAUAAAAUAUUCAUAUUACUACUGCCUCUACGGCUAUUUCAUAUCUUUUCUGGUUAUGAAAGUCGUAUUGUAGCGACUUUUGGUAAAUUCGUAAAACUGGAUAGGAAAAUGUAGGCGGUCUAUAUGAACAGUGUUGUGACGGAAGUUAUAUCUUUAGCAAUGACUUAAUGAAGAAUUUAAAAUACGCUAGACAGGAAGUGGUGCAAUAGUGCUCGUGGGAUGAUUGCGUCAUCAAUUUUGGUCUGCAGUCAUUUCUAUUCUAACUCUACUACCCCCGCAGUAUAUAUUGGCAUAUGCGUGCUUGCGCUCGACGAUCUCUAAAAAACAUCAGAAAACUCGUACUCUUCCUGCCAGUUCCUCUUUCUCCAUUCUUUCUGUUGCCUUCUCUAUUGAGCCCAUUUUUUUCUAUUCUAUUCCAGUUUACUUUUCCUUCUCGCAACACUUGAGCAUGUCCUUCUUUCCUAUUCUUCCCAAUUUCAGUUUUUCGUUUUUACAAUCCAUCAGAGAAGGAGCUCAACAAGAGGGCGACAUUAGGGGACUGUCAACACCGCAACACCCCAGAAAAAAAAUAAGAAACAUUGCAUCACCCCAAAAACAGUUGACGAAACACCGACAACAUUAAUCUAACCCAUUUUAAAUAAACUCCAUAUAACUGAGGAAGGAGGAUCUCGGAGCUGGUUUUGAUUUAGUAGAGACUCAGACUGACCUCAAGAUUCUAAGAGCUCUAUUUCAGUCAUGCAGAUAAAAAUAAUGCAUGGUGGCGUGUUACGAACUUUCCAACGAUUAGUUUCGGAUCCGGAUUUUUCCCUCUUCAUAAAAGAGGGACACAGCCGGAUAUACAAUCUAUUGUAGGCUCAAUUGCCUCGAUGUUGCAGCCAUCAGGAGCCAUUGACAGCGCGCUUACAGGAUGAACUAACCAUUAAUAAAAAAAAAAAGUAUCAAGAGAGUUUUUACUGAAGCCUCAAUGUUCUUAAUGUUCCUCGUUUUAAUAAGUAACUACGGUCAAAUAAUAAACCACAACACCGCAAAGGGUCCGCAAGUUAUUUCGUUUCACCGUGAGUACCGUAGGUUUAAAAUGAGAAACACCGCACACCGUACGGUUUGAGAUCACCGCAACACCGCAAGAUGGGAUUUUAUUCUCGGCAAUACCGCAAAAUAUUAGCGACACCGCAAAUCCCCAUGCCCCCCUCCAACAACAUUCAGUCGUCCUUCAAUGCGUCUGUUCUUCACGCUCUUUGAAGCACCUUGAUGUCAGUGGCCACUUCACUGCGUUUACAACCAAACACUAAAAAAAGCGGGACCAGACAAAGAAAACGGCAGGAAAUUGUGUACGUCCUGUCUGAAUACCUGGAACAAGCUACCUUCAUGCCAACCUCGUUCCCAGGGUUCUGUCCUAUCCGCCCUACGGAGCAAGGAGAGAACCCUGGGAACGAGGUUGCCUUCAUGCCUGCAGCAAGGCUGGGGAAACAAUGUCUUCUACAACAAACUCUCCCACGUCUUAACUCAUUCACAUUUUCCGUCAAACUAUCCCGUUGUAAUGCUAGUCUUUGCACCCGCUGUUUCAGAUAUUUUUCAUUUCACUUUUUUACUCACAGGUAUGUUUAUCGGGAGAACCAUUUCCGUGCAAGGCAGGACAGAUCCACUGGAAACCCAACUCUACAUCAGGAGACCAGUACAAAUGUCUGGAAUGCCCUUAUUGCUUUAAGGGACAAGAGCCUUCUGUCCCGUGCGGCAGUUCUGUUCCAUACAAAACUCCAGUUGACUGUGUGGAAUGCCAAAGUGGUAAAACGUACUCAGACCGAGACGGCAAAGAACAUUGUAAAGCGUGUAGGAUGUGUUCCGGGAAAGCCAUAAAAAAGAACUGUACUGUUUCAUCAAACACUGAAUGUGAUGAUAAAUGCUUGCCCGGGUAUUAUGAGGAGCCAUUUAUCUUCGGAUGCCAUCCUUGCACAGACUGCUGUAACGAUGACAAAGAUGAAAUCGCAGAGGAAUGUGCAAAUUCGAAGAAGAAAUGUAAGGUUCGUUCAAUGCCUUGCAAAAGAGAAUCAACGCUGUCUUCAAAUGCAGGUACGGUUGGACAAUCGACAUUAACCGCCCUACAGACAAGUCAUAAACCCAGGAAACAAGUGUCUACAAUUCCACCUAGCUUGCCUGGGAACAGUCGUGUUGUUGAUGAUGGUGACAAACUAGCAAACUUUCAAAAAGACAACACUAAUGGUGAUGAUAAUACAGUAAUUAUUACUGUAUCAGCAGUGUUUGCAGUGCUAGGGGUGUUAAUUGCAAUUGUUAUAGUGCUGGUCCUCGUAUAUCAAGGACAAAUACCCGUAGAUACCGCCUUGUGUCGCUGUGAUAGACGUUCAAAUGAUGACGGUGAAAUGGAAGGCUAUCACUCUACAACUACGUCACAAGAGCAGCUUCAGCAAGGUAAAAAGUUUUUUUAAUACUUAAAAUUAUUAAAGUGAAACCUGUUUUAAGUCAACUGAUAUAACACAGUGGGAAAAAGGUCCCAAUUGUUAUAUCGACUGAGAAGUGCCCGCCAUAAUUCUUUUACGCAGUGGUAUUCAGUGACAUCAUAUGUUGAUGCAUUACUGAUACAAGAGGUAUAAAUACUGAAAUAAAUACGAACAACUGAGUGACUAUCAUUUCUCGCAAUCACCUCCAAGGAUAUAAGAGACAAAAUAUUUAAUGACAAAGAAAGGCGAGUAUUUUGCGUGAAUUCUAAUCAGGGGCGGGGUCAGCUGAAAUUAUGUUGCGGUGUUUUUUAGAAUAACUCCACAGCUUAAAACAACAUCAACAUACUAACCUGGUUAUAUUUUAUAGGGUGUAUGACACUUACCGAGUUGGAGAGUAAUAACCAGGACAUAUUUGACUGGGUGUGCUUGAUGCUUGAUAGUGGAAAACGAUGGUUCAGGUCGGAUUACGAACGUUUAGCUGCACAGUACAAGGAUAUUCCACUUGUUAUACGCAAUACCUUGAAAUCCGAGCUUCAAAGAGGAGAAAGUCCUUCAAGGUUGUUAAUGACUAAACUCCAAACAAUGAAUCCAAAUCUUCCUUUAUACGAUCUUGUCGGGAAGCUGAAAAAGAUGGGACGUAAUGACAUUGCCAGAAAACUAGCGCCUCAUGUGAAGAAAAAUGUUGAAAACCCACCUGCUUAG